GCUACUUGGUGUGAUUGAUUUGUGUCGUGUUAAGUGUUUGUGUUUACUGUACUUUAUUAAAAAAAUGUUUACGAGUGAGGUUUUAUUUUUAAGGUGUAAGGACUUAUAUUAUAAGUCCGUUCUAAUUUUAUUUGAAUUGACAUUAAGUUAUUAAAUAAAAGCAGUUGUUUGUGAUAAUACAGUUUAUCCCUUUAUUGGUUUAUUUCUUGUUUGGAAUUUGAACAUGGAUAAUUAUAAUUCCUUUCCUGUGCUUCAUGGUUCAACAAAUACACCACGUCUUCCAGCAUAUAAUGCACAGAGUAGAAUCCAUGCUCAGAACAGGUCUUCUUUAUUGCCCCAAAGUUCGUAUCAACAGCAUAAUGCAGAAUAUUUCAGUUAUAAUGAACAAAGAUUGCAGACAAGUCAGCAGUGCUCAUUUUCUCAAAAUGAAAGUUUGCAGAUAGGUUUAAAGCAAAAUUAUAACCAAAGCAAUCUUUUAAGGCAACAGAAUCAACCAGUAAAUCAUCAAGGAAUAUUUGAAGAUCAGAGAUUCCUUACUGCUCAGCAGUAUGAAUCUAAUUAUGGCAGUUAUGAUAAAAAUCGGAUGCAACGAGAUUCAGUUAUGUCAAUGAACACUUUAUCUACAGAGCAUAAAAACAGAGCCUUUAAUCAAAAUCACUCUUCUAAUUUUUCAAUGGGGCAAUUUACUUUAGGUAAAGAUGAAAUUCUCCCACGGAAUAUUUCUAAUGAUGUUUUUCCAGAAAAACAGAUUUUCCCAGAAACUGGGACAUAUUCAGGAUCUAGUGACAUGAGAUUACAGUCCAGUCGAAUGAAACAGAAUUAUCCACAGUCUAAUAAUCCAUUUGUGGCUGAAAAGAAAUUUGCUUCCUACUGUGAAGGUCCCAGAAAUGAAAACAACCAAGGUGUUUUUCCAUCUUCUAAAUCCUGUACAUCUUUAAGUGCUAUUGCUAGUUCAUAUAGUUCACCGCAGCAAGAAAUGCUAUAUGAUAAUAUACCUAGUCCUCAAGUAGUUAAGUCUGAAUCAUUUGAAAGAGAUUUCUUAAGAGAACCAUCGUCUUGUAUUUCAGGGAGCACAAGUUUUUUGAGUGAACAAAAUAACUGUGAAAACUAUGGAAUUUCAUCAAGGUCUCAGUAUAAUGUGUCAACUGCUAAUCAUUUGACUGGUGUAAAUAAUCAAUUUUCCUCAUAUCAAUGUUCUACUCAGAGCAUUGAAUCUACUGAUAAAAUGAGUUUCUCGACACCACAAUUUUCUCCUAGUUGUAAGGUCUCAUUUUCAUCAAAUGCUGAACAGUUUAACAAUAAAAGACAAUUUCCAAGAACUCAAGUUGAAACUGCAUCAUUUGAUGGUAGGGAUAAGUUUUUAUCCCCUAAUAAGCCAUAUAUUAAUGCAGAAAAACAGGUUCUAGAUGAGUAUUCACAUCUAGGAGGUACAGCUUGUAAAAAUAACACAGCUAAUUUUAAUAUACCUGCAUUGCAGGAACCUAUGUUAAACAGAAUGCCACCUCAUAAUGUUUCUACCAGUUCUGGACAUAAUUCAUUCUUGGUUAGCAGUUCUGUCAGUGAUGCACUAAGUUCAUUAAAAGAGUUUUCACUUCAUUCACAGAAUUAUUUUUCUGAGGUGAACCCAAAAGUUGAAAGCUGCAUUUCCCCCAAAAAGUGUCGUGAUGAAAGUCCUUUAAGAAGUGCAAUUUCCUCACAUUUAUCUGCUAGCUUCAACGCAUCUUCAUCUCCUGCACUUCCCUAUUUAAGUACAACUACGGAACAGGUACUUCCUGGCUUAAGCAUUUCUUCAAGAGGCACGCCUCCUGAUUUGAGCAAGCCUUCAAAUAUCCCUCCUUGUCUGAGCUCAGCUUCAACAAGCAUAUCACCUGAUUUGAGCACAGCUUCAACAAUUAUACCUCCUGGUUUAGAUGCUGUCUCUAAAAGUGUGUUAAAUAAUUGGAAUGAACCCGAGGAGUUCACAAAUAGCAAUUUAAACAUUUCUGACCAUACUGAAAAUGGAAAUGACUGGUUAAAGGAUAGUUCAAUUCCAUUCAUUGGUGAAAAUAAUGGUCAACAGUCUGAAUGCUUGGGAAAAGAAUAUAAAGAUUGUGAUAAUACCUUUAAAAAUGCUUUCGGUACCUUUCCUAAACUUGAAAAGAACUUUGAAGCAUCUGCAACUAAUAAGGAAUCCCAGGUUAUAGAACCAGAAAAAGGAUCUGUAAAUAACAGCAAUAUUUUCAAUUUAUGCGAGUCUGCAAAAGAUGUUAAUGCAGAAAACAAUGCACGGUCUGCUCUUGAGGAAGCAUUAGAUGCUCUGGUCACAGGUGAUCCUAUUGUGGGAUUAGAUUACAUAAUUGAGCACAAACAGGAUGUCUUCAUAGAUGGUACUUUUCCUUUUCAAUGUAAACUGUGCAAUUCUUCAAUAUCAAGAUCUCUUAUUAUAGAUCAUAUAAUAGGAGCUAAACACAGAAUGAGAUAUUUGAAAGCAACAGAUUUAUCUUUAUAUAAUUAUAUUAUGUCCUUAAAUCUGGACAAAGAUUUGAAAGAAAAGGAAAUUUCUGAAGCAGCUGCAAAAAUGGAGAAAAAACAUGGACGAGGCUAUGUUUUAGUGGAUUGCACCAUUAAAA